AUGGAUACAGAGCGGCACGCUACCCUGUUGUUAGAUCUUGUAUGGCCCGAGGUAGACGAAAAGGCACAGGGCUUCAUCUAUGCCAAAGACUUCCCACUGGUGGUUUCAAGGAUGGAGGAGAUUUUGAACAGGGGAAAAUUAGAACGCGACAGAGCGCAACUUGUAUCCGAAACCGGCCGUGAGAUUCUCAGAAAGUUCGGUAGUGAUCAAGAGUUCUUCAAGGUUUACAAAGAGGACUUCAGGGAGCUUUUUGACGGGCUGGUCGGUACUAGUUUCAAGAGCGCAGUGAAGUCCUGCGCUGGGGAUGGCGUGCUAGAUCGCUUACAGGAUAGCCAGGCAGUAGAUGGGAUCCAGGACGAGAAAACAUCAUCUCACGCACUCCAAGAAGAAGUAAUGCGUUUACGAGAGCAGGUUAGGGUGUUGAGCAGCAAGAACGACGAAAAAGACCGAGAAAUUACAGCGAGGGACGAGAUUAUCGCGGAUUUACAGGGAAAAGACGCAUCUCCUGCCGGGAGUCCGCGAAGUUUGCAGAGGAUGAGGACUCUGCAAGCCCGAGUUACGAGCCUGGAGGACGAGCUGAGCUUUAGAGACGAGGUUAUCCGUGAAAAAGACCGGGAGCUGCUGAACCUUACUAAAAGAGUCGGCGAGUUUAAGGAUAAGUACCAAUUCCUAGAGCGGGAGUUCCAGUUUUACAAAGGGCAUCGAGAGCAGAAGAGCCCAGACUCUAUCAAGGAAGCCACGAGGCACGAAUUUAUCAUCUCCGAGCUCAGGCGGAAAAUCACGGAGCAAAGUGAGAUAAUCGGCCAAAUGCGCAUGCAGGUCGAGGCAAAACCCGGCGCACUCCACCCGCAAGGGAUAGGGUCCACAGCAGGGUUGCCCCUGAACCUUCCUUUGCGCUUGGUUCUAAGGCUUAUUAUCGGAGCUAUUCUGGCAUAUCUGGCAUUUGACAUUGGCAUUAGGUCACUUAAGGCCGUGGGAGGUCUUUUCGGCAGCAGUAGUCCUGCGACUCUAACUCCCAAGUCCGAGUUAAGUUGGUGGGAGCAAAACACAUUGCUGAGCAAAUUGCUCUGGUUUUUCAAAGAUCUCUUCGAUACUUACAACUUGGACGCUGGACGAGACGAGGUUGUAAGCGCUAACUAUGACAAGCUUUUCGGAGUGUGA